AUGGAAGUCUUCAAAAGAGUACCUGAAAGUCCUCACUUCAGCAAAUUGUCUGAGAUUAGACAAGAUUUCCGUGAAGGAUAUGCGUUAGGUGUAAUGGCGACUUUUUCCGGGUUAUUGGAGAAGUUCAAAGAUUUGGAAGCGGACGUUCCCAUAAGCCAACUAGAUAGCCUCAAAGACUCCUUUACGGAGCUGGAGAAGCAUGGGUUUGAUGUUACAAGGCCUUUGUCACGGAUCGAAAAGCUGUUGGUUCUCAAAGAUAGACAACUGAAUGUUCUGAAGAAACAAAAAGAUCUUGACAAAAAGAUUAUAGUUGAAAAGCGCAAGUCUGAACAAGAGUGUGCUAAGAUGGAACGGACGAUCAUUAUAGUUGGCUUCGAGUUGCUAAUUCCAAGUCCUCCAUGCAUAUUUUGA